AUGCGCUCGAUAAGGAAAAUUCACGUUACGCAUGUUCUUAAAAGUGUUCAGUGGAAGCAAAUAGCCGCAGAUGCUUUGAAGAACUUUACAUUUGAAUUUCCUCGCGAGAGCUACAAUGUAAAAGACACAGAACAAAGAGAUAAAUGCGAAAUUAAAUUUAUCGUUGACUGCGAAGAAACAGCAGUUGCAAACGUUCCCGGUAGUGAUCCGUUUAAACGACCUCAUCUCCGUUUGUAUAUCAUCGAUACUCCAGGAAAUAAAGAUAUUGACGCGGUUAAUCAAGAAAACAUACUUCACUGGACAUCAAAAUGCCAAUUUGCACAAAACAAUUUCGGUGUUAUUAUCAUUCAAGAGCAAACAUCAAUCUUUACAACUUAUGCACAAAUAAAUAAGACAAUCUUAGUGCCAGAUCCAUCAUUCGAAGAGAAUGUAUUGAUUCUGCAAGCAAAUGAAAAGCAUACAGAGCAAUAUUGUGAAAAAAUCAGACAGUUUUUGGUUAAAUUAAUUUUUGAAGACUCAAAAUCAUACUUUAAACGCUUAGAUGCAGAACAAAACUACGUCAAAGACAAAUUCCUACCAAGUGAAAGAUGGAGAUUGGUUAAAAGCUUAUCUCUUGCUGCUAUUGGUUUUCUUCUAUCUCCUCUCAACUCGAUAAUUGAUAUUUACAACAAAUUAUUACAAAACGAAACAUUCAACUUCGAGGAAUUAGUAUCAAAACCAAUCGAUCAAAAAGUUUUACCGCAUUAUCCAAAUAUUGAAAAUGCAAAGACGAAUGCCGAGCUCGUAAUGGUCUGUUUACAUUGUAUAUUGAAUAUAUCAUCUACACACAUCAGCAACAACUCUGCCGCCAAAGUUAUUUUCUAUAAACAUUAUUCUUUCUUACGAUCGCUUUGCAAAACAGAUGAAGAUGAAGCACAACUUAAUAACUGGGCCGAAACUUCCAUUGUCGCGAUCAGCGGAUUGUUCAGUGAUGACUUUGACUUCAAAUUCAGAUUAUAUCAAUCUUUGUUUGUUAUCUACGAUGCCAGUGACCUUGAAAAAUUAUUCUCCAUCAAAGAUUUCGUUCUCGGAGAGAUAGAAAGUCGAAAAGUGAAUUCAAGAAAUGGAUUUGCCACAAGAAUCGCAACUGCAGCCUUAGUAACGUCAAAUACGUUCACUCCACCAAAGAACGUAUACGUUGGAUGGAAUGCUGAUACAAAAUUCCUUGAUUUGUAUUCGAGAAAAUUAUUAUCUGAGAAAGAUCCUAACGCUAAGAAGUAUUUAGCACAGUUAUUCUCUAACAGAUCAGUUUUCCCGAUGAAAGAGCAGCUCCUUCAAGAGCUAAUGAAGACAGGAGAAGAAUUUCAAUUUGAUCACCAAGAUUUCUACAAGAUUAAGCUCGAAUCUGACAUUUUCAGAGGCAAAUCAGACUGUGACAGGCCAUUCAACCUCCAAUUGUUCGUUGAACAAGUUGAUUGGCUUCCAAAAAUUUAUUCUCACAUAGAUUUGAUUUUCCAGCACAUGAGGACAGAGAAAACGAUCACAUUUCCCACCCAGUACGUUUCUAUCGGCAAAGCAAUUGAUAUUUUGGUGCAUUUCAACUUACCGGGAAAAUGGAUUCCUCUUGCUUUGAAGUUCUACGUCGGAAACAUCUGCUUUAUCCAUAAUCUGCAGAUGUCGCACACAGAUAACGCUGUAGAUGUAAACGCGAGGUCAGAACCGCCGAUUAAAAUUAAAUUGUGCACAAUAUCGAGCGUUUUACCGGAAUACUUCGUAGAAUUCUACAUUAACUUCAAGAACUGUGCUUCCCAGAGCAUUUACUUGAAUAUCCGGUCAACAGAAUCAAUAAUUGACGCAUUAAAGGGAGUUGUCGAGAUAAACUCCAUAAAAUACGAAUACGAUAUCAGUAGUGACGGUAUCGUCAACUUUAUUGAUCCAGAAACAAAGAGUUCAAUUCCAUUAUCUUUAAGUGACGUCAGAUUCACUCUCCCGAUCAAGCCGAAGCCAGGAUCUAACAUCUGCCAGUUCAGUCUUGUUUCUUCCAUCGAAAACAACGUUUUUGAAACGAAAUUUUCAAAAGCCGUCGAAUUUCCGAUCCAAGUUUCAACACGAAUCUUCACAAAGAGCAUUGUUCACACCUGUCUCACUAAUACAGGUCCAAACGAUGUUACUCUUGUCGAAGGCAAGUUAAAUCACUCGAUUUACAAAAACUUGGUCAUAAAACCAGGAAAAUCGACAUACGUGAUGUCCCACUGCAGUAGCGAGAAAGACAUAGAGUUCAAAGCCUGUUUCUACGAGGCUGGAACUGAUUUUCCGACCGUUGAAAAGAGUUGGAGCAUUCUUUCGACAAUGACUCCUAAUGUGAAUGUUUCUUACUCUCCUUCUCAUCCUCACGCCGGUGCUUCCAUCAAAGUGAACUUUGCUUUGCCAAAAUGUUCAUUCCAAGUGCUGACAUGUCCUCAUUUUGUUGUUUCUGGAAUUACGAAGAGAAACAACUUCGAAGGAGGAGAAGUUUCACUGAAUCUGAUUCCUCAGACUCCUGGAGUUUUGAAACUUCCUAUUCUACUGAUUGAUGGAGUGGAAACAACAAUGCUUCCAUCUGCAAUAACUGUAACAGAAGGCGAGAUCUUGACAUCUUGUCCAUUCGUAUUGAAAUGA